GAUGUUUUUCUUUUGGGAUUGGAGAGGGGGCUUCUACUGCACUGGUUAAGGGAAUAGCUAAUGCUGCUUCUGGGACAGCUAGAUUCAUCACAGGGAAAGAAAGAAUGCAGCCCAAGGUCCUGCAGAGUCUGAAAUGUGCAUUACAGUCGUCGGUCAAAGACAUCACUGUAAAGUGGCAGCUACCAUUUGGUGUUAAUGCAAGUCUUCUGUCCAAGGCUCCUUUGGUAAUGUUCAAAAACCAAAGAUCUAUCAUCUACGCACAGCUCAAGGGCAAGUUAAAUAAAAAGGCUGAUGGUCAUGCAUCUGUUAAGUAUACUUUCGAGGAUGAAAAAUUUAAGGAGACUCUCCAGUUCAGACUUGAGCCUGACAAAAACUCGAGGCUGACAGUUCAUCACCUGGCAGCUAAAAGCAUGAUUAAAGAACUAGAGGAGGAACAUCAUGAAAACUCAGAUGUGGUAAAGAAAAAGGUUACUGCCGUUAGUCUCCAAGCUGGUAUUAUCUCAUCUCACACUGCAUUUGUGGCCGUUAACAAGGAACUGAACCAGCCCAUCAAAGGGCCUCUAAUAAGGAGAGACAUUCCUCUAAGAGGUAUAGUGGUUGUGAAAAAAACUGCAGAGCUUGAGGAUAAGAAGAAAGCAAUCAAACGGACUGUUACAUGGCUGAAAGUAAUUAAAUUGGAAAGCCUCUCCCUUGGUCGGUUACCAACAAAGAGUGCUCUGAAUAGUUCAAGCCAAUUGAACGUAUUUGCAUUGAAAAGCUGCUCCCUUGGUCAGGUAGAAACAAAGAGUGCUCCGAAAAGGUCAAGCCAAUUGAACGCAUUUGCAUUGAAAAGCUGCUCCCUUGGUCAGGUAGAAACAAAGAGUGCUCCGAAAAGGUCAAGCCAAUUGAACGCAAAUGAAUCGAAAAGCUUCUCCCUUCGUCCCAUACGAACAAAGAGUGCUCCGAAUAGUUCAAGCCAAUUGAACGAAAAAAGUCACACAUUUAUGGAUCUCGACUUGCUCUUACGUGGAGAAGUAUUUCCAGAAGCUGCUAGUGAUCCAUGUGCACGUUCCAUACCAUAUGAAAGAGCUUCAGGACACCUACAAGUAUGCCUCCCAGGCAUGUCAAUCCAUGAAGACCCCCCCUUCACGGGUGCCGAGAACUGGGUGAUUGUGGAUGGCUUUAGGCAACAUGGUGCUUUUCUGCUGGAAAGAGGACGGGAAGUUCGUGUUUCGUUGGACUCCUUUCUUGUUGACGUGGCUUGUGUUUGA